AUGGCCAAUUCUCGCCAAAACAUUAGGAAGUUGGUUAAGGAUGGUUUUAUCAUCAGGAAGCCAACCAAGAUCCACUCAAGGGAAGCUAGGUUGCCAACAAAAGUACUGUGGAUGAGGAGGAUGAGAGUCCUUAGACGUCUUCUCAGGAAAUAUAGAGAAGCUAAGAAGAUUGACAAGCACAUGUAUCAUGACAUGUACAUGAAGGUCAAGGGUAAUGUCUUCAAGAACAAAAGUGUGCUGCUGGAGAGCAUCCACAAAACUAAGGCUGAGAAGGCUAGAGAGAAGACCUUGUCUAAUCAGUUCGAGGCUAAGCGUGCAAAGAACAAGGCUAGCAGGGAAAGAAAGAUUACCAGGAGAGAGGAACGUUUAGCUCAGGGACUAGGUGAGAAACCAGCUCCAGCAACAGCAACAGCAGCUCCAGCCCAAACAGCUCAGGGAUUGAAGGAAUCGAAGAAGUGA